GUUUUCUCAUAAGCCAAUACAAAAGUAAACCGAACCAAAUCAAACCGAACUAAACCAAACUAAAAUCCCUUUUUUAUGGGUUAAAUUUAGUAUCUGGUGUCAUGUCAUGCAGCAACUAGUAUUAUAUAGUUAGAGCAAAGCAACCAAACAACAUAAACAAGGGGCUCUUAACUCUCGUCUCCAUCUCCAACACUCACACCCCACGCCAUUUGUUUCUCUCUCUACCCACUUCUCUCUCUAAAACGCACGAACCCCAAUACCCAUCUCUCUCUCUUCACCAGAUCUCUAUAUAUCUUACCACCAAAGCCUCGAUUUUUAUCAUUUUUUAACCUUUUCCUUUCGUUUUUUGCUCUACCCACCAACCAAAAUCCAAUCUUUUUCAUCGGUUUGGCUGAUUUUAGCCUCAAAGAUCAUUUUUUUAGAGAGGGGGAGUGAAAAAAAAUGGCUAAUGGGGGUGAUGAGAAGGAGAUAUUAAUCUUCAGCGAUGAAGAGUUGAGAGAGAUGAGUGGUGUGAAUAGAGGUGGGGAUUAUAUUGAAGUGACGUGUGGGUGUACUAGCCAUAGAUAUGGUGAUGCUGUUGGUAGACUUAGGGUUUUUGUUAAUGGUGAUCUUGAUAUCACCUGUGAAUGCACUCCUGGCUGCAAUGAAGACAAGCUGACUCCAGCUGCAUUUGAGAAACAUUCUGGGAGAGAGACAGCAAGAAAGUGGAAGAACAAUGUAUGGGUCAUAGUUAACGGGGACAAGGUUGCAUUGUCAAAGACAGUAUUGCUCAAGUACUAUAACGAAGCAUCCAAAGGUGGCAAUGGCUCUCACAGAUCCAAUAAUGGAAAAGUUUCUCACCGUGAUGAGUUUGUUUGCUGCAGUAAGUGUAAAAAGGAACGGAGGUUUCGCUUACGAACCAAAGAAGAGUGUCGAAUUCACCAUGAUGCUUUGGCUGAUCCAAAUUGGAAAUGUGCUGAUCUGCAAUUUGACAAAAUAAAAUGUGAUGAUGAUGAAGAACGAGCAAGCAGACGGGUAUAUAGAGGAUGCAGUAGAUCCCCUACAUGCAAGGGUUGCACUUCUUGCGUAUGCUUCGGGUGUGAAAUCUGCCGUUUCACAGAUUGCAGCUGCCAGACUUGUACCGACUUCACAAGGAAUGCAAAAGCAUGAAUAGUCCGUCUAUCUUUAGUAUUAUCCUUUUCUUCUUUUCUAUUUAUGGUGACCCUUUAAUGGCCAUUAGUGCUCUUCUCCAUCCUCAUGUCCAACUAUUAAGCCUAAAACGGCAUUUUCUGAUGUCAAACUAAAAAGAUUUGCAGUCUUUGGGUUCAUCAUUAGUUCCCAUUGGCGUUUGCAGAACUUUGAAAUUUGUAACUUGUCCCUUCAUUAUUUAGCUUGUUAAUGUCUA